AUUACAAAUACUUAUAAUGUUAACAACAACGCGAACAUCUAUUUAUCAUGAUAAUAUAGAUAAUGUAUCUGAAAUAUUAGCAAAAUUUUUAAACAAAUAUAUAGAUCCUCAUAUAAUUAAUUGGUGGUUAAAUAAAAACAAUAAUACAACAAGUGUCAUUUUAAGGUCAAAAGAUAUUUACUUUCAAAGAUUUGUCGAUGCAGUAACCAGUCGAGAUUUUGAUCCUACCCAAAUUAAAUUAACUUCAAAUGUUCGAAUAUAUCAACAAAUUUUUCCUGAUGAUAUGAUGCUCGUAAAUUUUAUGAAAUUCGUUCUUGGAUUAACUCAUCUUCUAUCAGACAAAUCCGGAAAUUUUGGAGAUUUUAAACUUGAAGAAAUUUAUCCAUUUAUUGGAAUUACAUAUUUUGUGUACAAUAAAAUAGAUCAUUCCUCAUUAUUAAAUUUUAAUUAUAAGAAUAAGGCUAUUAUUUUACAGGAUAUUCGUAAUUUAUGGAGUAUUUUUCUUUAUAAAAAGACUAAUAGUCAUACUAACUUGAACGGUGAAUGGGAUAUUUUAAUUCAUGAAGUUCGAUAUCCAGUUCUUACCGAUUCACGUAGUAUUGAUUUAACACCUGUGUUUAAUAUUAUAGAUACUGGUGCUUCCCGAACUCCAACUAUUUUAUCAGCUUAUAUUCGAAAUUCGUUAACUAAAAUGCUUAAUUAUGUGAUUAGCAUUUAA